AUGACGGUUGAGGAGAUUGAGGAGCUCGAGGUGAGCAUUCUUCCUGUUAGAGUCAUGCUGACUAAGCUUCGUCAAAUUGCGUUCACAAUCAAGAACUCAACCACAAUCGUCCUUCCUGAAUGGUUUUUGACACUCACUGAACUUGGCCUCAAGUCGCGCAUGAUUCCCCGUGACGUCUCAACACGCUGGAACUCCACUUUCGACAUGCUCAACUUUGCUGUCAACUACAAGCCCGCCAUCAACUCUCUCACUGCCAAUUGCGACAUGAAGAUGCGGUGA